CCAAACACAACCUGAAUUUCGCGGCGAUAGUUGGAAUCUCUCAGGCGAUGCAUUUAUUUAUUUUAAGUAAUAAUGCUUUAAUUUUAUGACGAUUCAUUGUCAUCUUAUUUUGCAAGAGCCUUUAGCCUUUUCCCGCCAUAGCCGGACGAACCGCCACCUUCCCUCCUCCAUGACCCGCCGGAGAAUCUCGCCUUCCCACCAACGCCCAAACCCAACACCACCACAUGCCGCCAAGACCAACGUUCGCCGCCCUGAGCUGGAGGCAAAUCUCCCAAAUCCGCGCCCACUUCAUUAAAUCUCCGCAGCCCCACAUCCUCAACCCCCUCCUCGGGACCCUGACGAGCUCCGCCGCCCCGCACAGCGCCCUCCACCUCUACAACCUCAUGAUCGGCCUCCCGGCCGCCCACAACCACUACACCUUCACGUACGCCCUCAAAGCUUGCUCCUUUCUCCAAGCUCGCCACAAGGGCACGGAGAUCCACGCCCGCGUUCUGAAGUCAGGGCACUGGAGUGAUGUCUUCAUCCAGAACUCGCUGCUUCACUUCUACUUCGUCCACGAGGACGUCGUGUCAGCUGACAAGGUCUUCGAGACGAUUGAUUUCCCGGACGUGGUCUCGUGGACUUGCGUGGUUUCGGGCCUAUCGAGAUGUGGGUUUGAGAGGGAAGCCAUUGAUAAGUUUGUGGUCAUGGACGUGAAGCCGAAUUGCUCCACUCUUAUCAGUGUCUUGUCUGCUUGUUGUGGUCUGAGGGAGCUUAACUACGGCAGGGCAAUUCAUGGUUAUGUUUUGAGGAAUUGGAGCGAGGUGACUAUCAAUCUUUGGAAUGCAAUCUUGGACCUCUAUGCGAAAUGCGGGUUUCUCGUAGGUGCACGGAACCUGUUUGUGAAGAUGCCUGAGAGAGAUGUCUUUUCUUGGACCACCAUCAUCGGAGGUUAUGCGAUAUUGGGGUGCCAUGAAGAAGCGAUCAAGCUGUUCCAGGAAAUGUUACGGGUCGGUCCCGAGCCCAAUGAGGCCACGAUUGUUAACGUGCUCUCUGCUUGCUCUUCGAACGGGGCAUUGGCCUCUGGUGAGUGGGUAUACACUUACUUGAGUUCCCGGCCUGAUUUUCCACUGGACGGUCCCGUGGGCAAUGCCCAGAUCAACAUGUUCGUCAAGUGCGGCGACGUGGAUAAGGCAAUUCAUGUUUAUAAUAAGCUUGAGAGCAAGGAUAUAAUAACAUGGAGCACCAUUACCAGUGGACUUGCCAUGAAUGGCCGUGGAAAUCACGCAUUGCAGCUUUUCUCCCUCAUGCUGGUCCAUGGGGUCUCCCCUGACGACAUAACAUUUAUCGGGCUGUUAUCUGCUUGUAGCCACUCUGGUCUGAUCAAUCAAGGGCUCAUGCUGUUCGAAGCCAUGGAUCGGGUUUAUGGGGUUAAGGCCCAGAUGCAGCACUAUGCAUGUGUGGUCGAUAUGUAUGGGAAAGCGGGGCUUCUUGAGAAAGCUGAGGCCUUCAUCAGGGCCAUGCCGGUGGAGGCUGAUGGGUCGGUUUGGGGAGCUUUGCUAAAUGCCUGCAAGAUUCAUGGGAAUGAGAUCAUGUUCGAGAGAGUCAGAAAGAGGCUUGUAGGGAGUAGAAGCGUAAGUGUUGGGACUCUGGCUUUACUAUCGAAUGCUUAUGCUGGUUGCGAGAGAUGGGAGGACGCUAACAGGGUCAGGGAUGAAAUGAGGCUGGGGGGGUUGAAGAAGAUGGCAGGAUCCAGUUGGGUUGAAGUCAGCCCAGUGAUCAACGGGGAUGAGGUGGAGCUAACUUCUGCAUCUUUGGGGUAAAGAACGUUGAAUUCAAUCUUUUACGGAGAUGAAAAUUUGGUGCAAGGAUCCGGUUUGCGCCCCAACAAUGAAAUUGGGGCAGCUCAGACUUUAUCUUUGGCGAUAGGACUAGAUUGCCGAACUAUGGAGCAUGAGCAACCUGUUCCUAGGUGACGGCCCUAGUAGUCUGACAUGGGCGAUCAAAUUUACCAUAACGAGAAGCUGUUAUACUGGGGGCAUUAGAUUGAGCAAUGCGCACAUAUUAAAGAUGCAGGACUUGCAAGAUCACAGAGGCUCCAACAAAUCAACACAUCCUUCUCAAGGAAGCUAUGUCCCGGAGGAUUAACCCGAGAGCAAGCACGCCGACUCUGAUUGCUACUGAGUUUUAUUCUUUUCUGGUGAUGGAUCUCAUUUCAUUUUCCGAUGAAGUGCACAUAAUCAAGAACCAUUAUAUAUACAGGAGAAGGUGGUCAUUCUCAUUGCUGCAUAUGAAAGCUUUGGACUCCGACUCCUUAUGGACUGGUGUGACCUAAGAGCAAGGCAUAUUCUCUUUCACGUUCACGAAAAAAUUCACCUGAAUCAAUGGAUGGACAGCCCCGUUAAUGUACAUAGAUAACAUGCAACUUUCAUCUUGCUCUUGUGAGCCUCGUCUCAGGACGAUGUCCGAUUUAUUGCGGAAUGGACAUUCAAUUUCAGGCUCGGGCCAUUGUUUUACA